UCCCGGAGGCUCGCCGCCCUGCGAGCCCGAGCAGAGGGAAGCCGACCCCGGCGCUGACAUGGGCCUCCAGCCCCGCGUCCGCCCGCAGCCCACGGAGGGGACAGCGCAGCCGCGCCGGCCGGGCGCCAGCAUCUCCGGGGACCCAGCCCUAUGAUCUCCUGGUCACCCCGUCCACCCGCCGGACUUCAGAUCUGACCCCCGACCCGCCUGCCGCCUCCAGAGCCCCCCCCAGGCCCGCCCCCCAGCAAGAUGCCCAUCCUCAAGCAGCUGGUGUCCAGCUCGGUGCACUCCAAGCGCCGCUCCCGCAUGGACCUCACGGCCGAGAUGAUCAGCGCCCCCCUGGGCGACUUCCGGCACACCAUGCACGUGGGCCGGGCGGGCGACGCCUUUGGGGACACGUCCUUCCUCAACAGCAAGGCCGGCGAGCUGGACGGUGAGUCCCUGGAUGAGCAGGCCUCCUCCUCGUCCUCCAAACGCAGCCUCCUGUCCCGGAAGUUCCGGGGCAGCAAGCGGUCGCAGUCGGUGACCAGGGGGGACCGGGAGCAGAGGGACAUGCUGGGCUCCCUGCGGGACUCGGCCUUGUUCGUCAAGAACGCCAUGUCCCUGCCCCAGCUGAACGAGAAGGAGGCGGCCGAGAAGGGCUCGGGCAAGCUGCCCAAGAGCCUGUCGUCCAGCCCCGUGAAGAAGGCGAGCGCCGGGGAGGGCGGCCAGGAGGCGGCGGGCGAGGGGGAGCUCGGGCCCCGGCGGAACGGGGCCGCCGCGCCCCACUCCCCGGACCCCCUCCUGGACGAGCAGGCCUUCGGGGACCUGACGGAGCUGCCCGUCGUGCCCAAGGCCGGCCUGGGCCUCAAGCACGCCGAGUCCAUCAUGUCCUUCCACAUUGACCUGGGGCCGUCCAUGCUGGGCGACGUCCUGAGCAUCAUGGACAAGGAGGAGUGGGAAGCGGACGACGAGGACGGCGGUUACCGUGACGACGGGGACGCGGCCCGCAGCACCCUGGCGCCGGCUCCCCUGGGGGCCGCGGCGGCCGCGGCGAUCCCUCCCAGGGCCAGGCUGGAGGGUGCGACAGGCCGGGACCUGCCCCAGGACGAGGGGUGGGCGGCGGCCCCCAGCCCCGGCUCGGCCCGCAGCGACGGCAGCCACACCACGCGGGACAGCAGCUCCCUGUCCAGCUGCACCUCGGGCGUCCUGGACGAGCGCAGCCCCGCGUCCCGGGGACCCGACCGGGCCCGCGCCCCGCUGCCCCGGCAGCCCGACAAGGAGUUCUCCUUCAUGGACGAGGAGGAGGACGAGGAGAUCCGCGUGUGAGGG